AUGUCAAGCCAAGAAAGGACAUCGAGAAAGGAGAAUCUAGAGGCGAGGAAUUGCGAGAGCUCAUCUGCUUUUUCGUUCAUCAGGGCCCGAAGCCGGACUGCCUAUGGGUCCUUCAAAGCAAUUCCAGGUGGCCUGGACAUUUUGAUUGCUGGCACCGCCUGUGUCGACAUUUCAUCGCUGAAUAGCCUGCAGAAGACCCUCCAGCAAGGUGGAUCAUCAACGGCCACCUUUGGCGGCCUGUUGCAGUACGCAGCUAAAUAUCGACCCCGGAUGAUCAUCCAGGAGAAUGGCCGAGGCGCGCCAUGGGGUCAGAUGAAGGACAUGUGGGAGAGGUUCGGCUACAUAUGUGUGCAAACCAACCUAAACACCAAACACUACUACAUCCCACAGACACGCGAGCGGACGUAUAUGGUCAUCAUCGACAAGCACCGCUUGGAAGCAAUCCACCUGAUUACCCCUCUGGACACGCGGGGAAUGACACUCACUGAACGCGUUAGCGACCUUAUCGAGAAGUUCAAACGCCCAGCAAGUGCGCCUAUCGGACACUUCAUGCUCGACGAUGAAGACCGCCGACUCGAGCUCAUCGAGAUGAAAGCCUGCCUCGAUUCCCGGAGCGAGGUCAGUUGGGAACAGUACAAAAUUCGGCACGACCAGCAGCGGAAACAGCUUGCUUUGGGCACCGGGAGACCCAUCACUCGGUCCCUGCCUGGAGUCAAUGACCUGCAGGUGCCAGAUUUCUACUGGCAUCGUUUCUGGCAGACGCAGCCAGAGCGAGUGUGGGACACGGUCGAUAUCAAUUUCCUGAAGCGCAUGCUUCAAGGAUAUGAUAUGAACCACAAGGACCGUUGGAUCGACCUGUCUCAGGGCGUCGACCGAAGCAACGAGGGAAUUGCAGGUGUUGGAGUCGCGGGUUGCAUAACACCGAAGGGAAUACCCUUCUCAACCACCAGGGGCGGCCCCGUAUCGGGCAUGGAGGCUCUGUCACUGCAAGGCCUGCCACUCGAUCGGAUGUUGCUGACGAGAGAAACAAACCAUAUACGUCCGCUCGCGUGUCUGUGGGAUGUAGUAGUGUUUGGUGUUUAG